UGGACUUCUCGUGACGCUACUGCCGCUCUUGCUGUCCGUAGUCACGUUCCGCUAGACCAGCGCACCCAUUUGUGCCAGCUUAAGACGGCCAAGGCACUUUAUGACGCUGUAAUCAAGCGCUACUCCUCCCCGUCUUCUGCCACUGUAGGCCAUCUGGCGCUGCCGUUCCUCUUUCCUGAGCUGUCAGACUUCACCACUGUAGCUGACCUCCUGACUCACCUGCGCUCCCUUGACACCCGCUACCGAGCCGCUCUCAAGCCCGCCUUUCUGGCUGUGAACAAGCCCCCCAUGUAUCUCACCCUUUACUUUCUCACGACCCGCCUCCCUGACUCCCUUCGUGCUGUUCGCGACCACUUUCUCGCUCUAGACCCCACGAAGAUCACCCUAGCUUUGUUUGAGUCCCGUCUCUUAGAGGCUGAGUCCGCUGCCCUAGCUGUCGCUGCCUCCCGUGGCACUCCCCUCCCCUCUAUCUUUGAGGGGUGCUCCCCCUCCCUGCUUGUGCCGUUUGUUGCCUCUGCUGCUGCUGUGGACUUCCUUUGUGCUGAGGAGGUCGGUGCUGCGUCUGCUCCUAGUGGGAGGCGCCGCAGCGGCAAGGGCAAGGGUGGCAAGGGUGGGGGUGGUGGGGAUGGUGGGGGUGGUGGGGGUAGCGGUGGUGGUGGCGGGGGUGGUGGUGGUGGGGGAGGAGGAGGUGGCGGCGGCAGUGGAGGAGGAGGGGGUGGUGGGAGCAGUGGGGGUGGUGGAGGGGGUGGGGGUGGCACUCGAGGUGGAGCUGGCGGAGGAGGAGCUGGAGGUUCGGCCACUCGUACUGCUGCGUCUGGUGGUGCAGCGGGUGGUGGCGGUGGCUCUGGGGGUGGUCAGCAGCAGCAGCUGAGUCGACAGGUGCCGCUCUCGUCCCAGGAGCUUCGUGAGUGGGCGGUCCGGCGUGGCAGCUCCGGUGGCCCAGCUCGCUGCCCGUACGUCCGCCGCACAGGUCAGCCUGGAGCGACUUGCGGCCGCACAGACCACACAGAGCCUCGCUGCUUCUUUCGCCUCGACGACCAGUAUCGUGCGGAGCAUGGUGAGCAGCUGAAGACCCCGGACUGGCCCCUGCCACCACUUCCGAGGUCGCUUGCACCGCCGUGCCUUCCCUGCGUCGAGGGACGGCAGCGCGCUGCUCCUUACUCCUCUGAGUUUCCUCCGACCACUGCUCCUCUGCAGACCCUCCACAUGGACGUGUGGGGCCCCGCCCGCGUCACUGGACAGGGCGGCGAGCGCUACUUUCUGCUGGUUUUUGACGACUACACGCGCUACACCACGGUCUUCGCCUUGCAGAGCAAGGCGGAUUUCCGUAGUGUCCUGAUCCGCUGGAUCCGUGCUUCGUUCACGCUUCCGGCCUCUCCACAGCAGAAUGGGAUUGCAGAGCGCCGCAUUGGCUUGGUCAUGGAGGUUGCUCGCACCUCCAUGAUCCAUGCGGCUGCUUCCCAUUUUCUGUGGCCGUUUGCGGUCCGAUACGCCGUGCACCAGCUCAACCUCUGGCCCCGUGUCUCCCACCCGGAGACCUCCCCUACUCUGCGGUGGACGGGAGAGGUUGGUUGA